CGCCUCCCUCAGCGCCAUCCUCCAGCUCUGCCCUAUUGUUCUCCCGCCCGUCGCUCCCUCCCUCCCUCCGCCGGGGCUCGCGUCCUCCCUCCGCUCUCCUCCAUCCCUCCCUCCAUCCCUUUCUCCUCCUUCUCGCCGUCGCUCCCGCCCCGCUCCCCGGAGCUGAUGUCACGCACCCGCUGAAGGCGCGGGCGAUCAUGGCUGCUGCGGCCGCGGCCGUGCCGCCGGCCUCCAGCUAAUGCCCGCGAUGGAGCCGGCCAGCCUGCUGCGGUUCCUGCGGAAGCUCAAGGAGGUUUUCGAUGUGUGCGAUGAGGAUGCGGACGGCUUCAUCCGAGUGGAGCACUUCGUCGCCCUGGGGCUGCAGUUCGGCCAAGGGGAUGAGGUGGAAAAACUGGCGAAGUACUUGGACCCAAAUGAUUUGGGAAGAAUCAAUUUUAAGGACUUCUGUCACGGAGUUUUUGCUAUCAAAGGCUGUGAAGAGUUACUGAAAGAUGUCCUGUCUCCUGAAAACUCUGAGCCCCAGCUCUACCAGCCACAAUAUGUUGAUUACUAUUACCAGAGCGGUGAAAUCCAGGACUGUGCCUACCUGGACAGCGAAAGCACCUACAGCGAGUCGGAGCUGUUUCCCGAUGAGGACACGAUGACGCUGGCGCAGCAGGAGGUUCACCAUGAGUCUGACAUGGACAGCGCCAUCGAGAGCGCCCAGAGCUCCGAGGCCUCGGACGUCUGUCGGAGCGAGGACAAGGACGGGGUGCUUGGGGGCCUCCUCCUGCCCGGUGACAAGUCAAGUCCUCACAACCCUUCUGCAGCAUCUGACCUCUCCACUUAUUCCACCGCCUCCCUGAUCAGUAAUGAAGAACAGUUUGAAGACUAUGGGGAAGGAGAUGAUGUGGAUUUUACUCCCAGUAGCCCAUGUCCUGAUGAUGAGACCAGAACCAACGCCUACUCUGACCUUGGCUCAUCUGUGUCUUCCAGUGCUGGCCAAACCCCCCGAAAAAUGAGACAUGUUUAUAACAGCGAGUUACUGGAUGUUUACUGCUCACAGUGCUGCAAAAAGAUAAAUCUCCUCAACGAUUUGGAAGCCAGGCUGAAAAACUUGAAAGCAAACAGCCCUAACAGGAAAAUAUCAAGCACAGCUUUUGGAAGACAACUCUUCCACAACAGUAACUUCAGCAGCAGCAAUGGCAGCACAGAAGACUUGUUCAGAGACAGUAUAGACUCCUGUGAUAAUGAUAUCACUGAAAAGGUAACAUACCUAGAGAAGAAGGUGACAGAACUGGAGAAUGAUAGCCUGACAAAUGGUGACCUGAAGAGCAAACUGAAACAAGAGAACACACAGCUGGUUCACAGAGUUCAUGAGCUAGAGGAAUUAUUGAAGGACCAAGAAACAUCGGCAGAACAGACUCUGGAAGAAGAGAUAAAGAGACAUAGAGAAGCUUACAGCAAGUAUGAAAAAGAGAAAGGCACCGAAAUUGAACUACUAAAUACAAGGGUUCAGCAACUGGAAGAAGAAAAUGGUGAUCUGAAAAGCACUGUCACACGGCUGAAAUCCCAAACAGAGAGAUUGGAUGAGGAGAGGCAGCGCAUGUCAGACAGGCUGGAGGACACGAGUCUGCGACUGAAGGAUGAGAUGGAUUUGUACAAGAGGAUGAUGGACAAGCUGCGGCAGAACAGGCUGGAAUUCAACAAGGAGAGGGAAGCCACACAGGAGCUCAUCGAAGACCUGCGGAAGGAACUGGAGCACCUGCAGCUGUACAAGCUGGAAUGUGAACGUCCUGGACGUGGGAGAAGCUCUUCCUCCAGCCUGAGUGAAUUCAAUGCCAAAACCAGAGAGGUGGAAAUGGAGCAUGAAAUAAAACGGUUGAAGCAGGAGAAUCAGAAACUUCGUGACCAAAAUGAUGAUCUUAAUGGACAGAUUCUAAGCCUCAGUCUUUAUGAAGCUAAAAACCUCUUUGCAACGCAAACAAAAGCCCAGUCACUGGCUGCUGAAAUCGACUCUGCAUCGAGAGAUGAGCUCAUGGAAGCCCUCAAAGAACAGGAAGAGAUAAAUUACAGAUUGCGACAGUAUAUGGACAAGAUAAUUUUGGCAAUCCUGGACCACAAUCCAUCUAUCUUGGAAAUAAAGAAUUGAAGAGAAUAUGAGAAGGAAAAACAGCAACUGCCUGAUAUUUCUGCACAUGCCACUGGAUUUAAGCAGCACUCUGAUACUGUAAAUGAAUCUAUAAAUUAUAUAAUACACACUAGGUGUGAGUGUGGGUGCGCGGGUGUGUUUAUAUGAUGUUUGGUACACUGUUACUUGUCAUUGAAUUGGCUUGGUUAGACUUUUUCCAUGCACUUUCAAUACCUGUGAUGAGAUGGAUAUACUGUAUAUUAAUGUAACAAUAUAACUGGAUCAUGCUGUUUUAGAUACUGGACAAAAUGACUCUACCUCUAGUUGUAAAGGUAAAAAUAGACAAUGGAAACAUAUGGAUGUGGCUCCAUAUUUAGGAGCAAGAAUUUUUUCUUCGUUCUUCCAGGAAUUUGGGUACCACAAACUAAUUGACAUACCCAGGUUCAGUUCCUGACUGGUGCUGACUCUGUAAUUUCCUAUUUGAUUUAGUUUUAGUACUUAAGCCACACAUCAGAUUAAAAAAAAAAAAGAGAAUCCACGACAAAAAUCCCACAAAAUUUGGGAAAAGACACAAAGUACAUGGGAAGAAAAGGAAGAUACUGCAGAAUUUUUGCUAUUUAUGAAAAAUCACCAUCCAUUUGUUUGCCACUGUCUGCACAAAGUGUUUUUCAUGUAAGAUCACUUUGGAACCUGCUUUCGGAUGCUCUGAGCCUGCUCUCUAGUGUGUGUGCAUGUGUGUUUUUUAUGGCAGGGUCCCUGUAGCAUUGAGGCAAAGAGCUUUUCAAAUAUGUUCCCCUAUUUUCAGGGGUAUAUUGUGGGCCAUUAAGAUGAAUUCUGGGAUUCUACCCCUUCCCCUCACCCUGAUUUUAAAGAUUUCACUGAAGGAACACAUUCCACUUCUUACCAAAAAAAGAAACAUAACAACAACAACAAAAUAUUUGCAUGAAAUAUCUCACCUCAGGGGAGGAGGAGGAGGACCAGCCCUCUCCAUGACAUGCUGAGUUGCUUUCCCACCCCAGACAGCUGCACUCCUUUGAAAUGGCAUUUUCUGGGCAGGCUGUGCAGAGGAGUGGCUGGUUCCUGGCACAGCAGUGGAGGACAGUCUGCUACGGAGUGGCUUCUACCUAUAGGACAGGAAAAAGAAAAACAGCUUCAUCUUGCAGGAGUUGCCAGUCCAGACUGAGCACACACGUGCAUAUCUAAAGCUCUGCUAGGUAGCACAUCCCGAUUUAGAUGAGCAGUUGUGCAGGUGCUUAACUUUAAGUGUGUGCUGCAUCUACUCAUGGACGUCAGUGGGACAGAACAAAAAGCUUUAAAGUUGAGCGUAUGCUUAAAUGCUGCCUUAAAUAGGGAUGACUUCAACAUGUGCCUGUGUUUUCCAGAGCUGGAUCUAUACUGUGGGGCUAGGACGUUUUUAAUUAAUAAUGUAGCUUAUAUAAGGAGCUUAUGGAAUUGUUUGGGUAGUUGAAUGCUAAAAACAAAUUUUAUUCCAUGCACUUUUUUUUAAAGUAAGAGUUUCACACUUUUGAUUCACACCAACUGGCACAGAAAAAUCAGCUGGAGUAUCUGGCUUUCCCCAAUACAUAGAGAUGUUUCUUCUAUUGAAAACACUCCCCAUAAGAAUGUUACAGUAGCAAUGACUGUGCUUUUCUGUGUAUUUCUUGCUGUUGGCAGUGUCUUGCCCCUAGUAUUCUCUUGAUGUAUCUUGGUGUGUAUAUGUGAUGCAUUUUUCCUGAAUUUGAAUACAUAAAACUGUAUUCAGUUAGGGAUGUAAAUAUAUUUUUUUUUUCUGCAAUCUCUGUGCUCUUGCCUUCAGUGAUGUGUUACUGGAGUGAUGGGAAGUAGGGGACAUACUGAAAUCAGGCUUUCUUGCAGGCAAGAAAAUAAUAAUAGAUGGUUUCUAUGUAUCUGCAUAGGCAGGUGUAAAGUAAGUGGAAAGAGAGAGGAACCAGAGGAAUGACUGAGGGACACAACACCCAGUGCACAAAGAUCUGCAGUGCUCUGGGAGAAAUGGGACAGUCUGGUUCAAACAGUCCUGUCACAGGGCUGGGUUCCUGCGGCUCUGGGGUAAUCUGGAGGAAAGGAUUUAAAGACCGCUCUUCUGCCACCUGGGAACGGUGUCAGAUGUAACACAGCUUCUGUUUGUUUAGAAGUAGGUGGAAUGCCAUGGAAACCCCACACAUCCACCUUUCCCACCUGCUGCUUCUUCUGGAUGUGCCGCCCAGAAGGUGGGAGAGAAACAAUUCAGCCAGCUCGGUGCUUCCUGCCUGCAGGAUUCCUCACUUGCACUUUAGUGAUGGCAUUUCCCUCUGCCAGGUGCUGUCUGUGGGUAGUGCCAGAGACUUCACUCUUUGUAGCCAUAGAGAACUCUUCCACACUGUCAGGGGACUGUUGCAAACCUGCUGUGACCAGCAGGGCCGGGUGACCCAGCAGCCCUGCUUCUGGGGCUGACUGUGUUGCAUUGCUGUGCUGCUCUCAUGCAGUGGAUUUCAAGAAGAGUGAAGCUGUUGCAGCUUAGGCUGGUGACUGAAUGUUUUCCCCUAGUUAUUUUUAAGUAAACUGGACUUGGCUUCAAAAUUUCAAUGAUCUAAAGCCCAUUCCCAUUAGGGUGGAACAUCAGCAAAUGCUGAGGACUGUUUCACUGAAAGCAAAGCCCAUGGACUAGAACAGAAGACAUUACUAUACCGAUAGCCAAGUUUUUGUGCAGAUAAUUAUAUGUAGGAGGUGAACAGUCACUAGUAGUGACAAGUAGUCACUGAAUCUGGCUGAUAUCCCAAAAGGGAUAUUCUAGCAAAGGAUACCCAGCAGUGGAAAUUUCUUAAAACUUGCAGGACUUCUUGUUCAGCUCUGUACCCAGCUGUGUAGCGGUGUUGUAUUGUGUAAAGGAGGUAUCCUUCUGCUCCUGUGGGGCCCUUGGUGUGGUACUGCCAUCUGUUACUGUGGAAAUCAUAUCCAGAUACUUACUAUGUUUGAAAAAUAAUGUGAGUUGGAGGUGGGAGAGACAUUUCACUGGCAGAUAUAUUUUCCUCUAAGGUAUCCACCUCUAAAAAUACUAAUUAGCAAUUGCAUUCUUUGGCUGAGUAACUACAGAUAUUAGACCAACUCGUCUUGCAACUCAAGCCCUGGAGAACCCUUUUAUACCAGAGAAGAAGUCAUUGUGGUUUAUGACACGCAGGUAAUUUGGUAAUAAAGGAUCACUUGAUGGCUCACUGGGGCAGGGAGAAGAGUAAUCUGAUACCAUUGUUGCAGAGACUGCAUAUUUUGAUCAAGUGUCAGACAGACACUGGCAGAACAGACAGGAGAUGUUGCAAAUAGGGAGACACUAAUUUUGCUGUCUGUUCUCUGAUAAAUUUCUUACUUCUUUGCUGUGGACAUCCUGUGUUCCCAGGCUGGCCAGGAAAGUACAGCCUGCCUUGUUGAUGGAACAAGGGUCUCCCUUCUCUGGGUAAAUCACUUCAGACACAGAAAUGUGGUAUCAUCUCCUUCUAGCAAUACACAGAUGCAGUAAGUAAACAUUCCUGUGUCAAACCCAUGGUUCUGUUUAACCCUUGGGGGUGCAAACACAAUCCCAGGUACCAUAUUGUGAUCUGUUCCUUUGUUCAUUUGACCUUUGAUUCUGAAAAGCUAAAUUAUAUUCUAGUUAAACCUGUUGCAAACUACGGCCGGUAUUUGUGGACAGUAAAAAAAAGGGAAAAGACUGGCUUUUGACUAGAAGCUGUCCUUGGUCAGGCUAAUCCCACACAAAGUACUGCAGAAAAAUUACCUCUUUCAAAACUUGCACUUAAAAGAGUACCUGAAACUAGUAGUGUCUCAAGAUUUUUCUGGUAUUGGCUGCUUCCUUCCAGACUUCAGUCUUCAGCUGCUGCCUAGUUCUGAAUGAUGCUUUUUCAAAACUGCUUUGACAUCAAAAGAUUUUUCAUCUUUUUGAAUAGCUUCUAUUUAAGACAAGCUGUUAAAGAAUUUUUCUUGAAGUGCAACACUAAUGAACUAUUUUAAAGGAAUUUUAAAUAUGCAAAUAUGUAGGAAGUUUCAAAGAAACCCAGCAUCCAAUGAACUUUUGUUGCCAACUUUCCUUUCACGGUCUUUGGGAAAAAUUCAGAUAUUUCUUAGCCAGCUCUGUAGGGAGUUGAACACAGCAUUAUUAAUUCUCAAAGAUGUGUAUCAACAAAUAUUUUGCUGUCUGAGUGCAGCAAUGCUCCAUUUACUUUGGUAGAACUGCAUUGCUCUCCAGAGAGGAUCUCGACCAACAGUAUUUAGGCUCCCUAAUCUGGUUUGUAAAUGAGGGUUUGGAAGCUGAUAGAUAAACACACAUUGUGGGCUGCUACAUGAGGCAUUGCUUAGUGGUCUGUGCAUCAUAAUGCCUGUGACAUGUGAUGAGUCUAAGAACUAGAAUUUACAAAUAAAGAAUGCUUUUCUUACAUUCUUUAAUGCCAGUGAAUAUGCAGUGGUUUUCUCUUAAAACAAAUACUGUAUGGUGUGGUCUGAGGGAUUAUUUUCCAAGGAAGGGAGGAAGUAGCAGCUGAUCAAACACUUGCCAAAUCAGUGGCUUGGCUUAUACUGAUCUAAGUGAAAACUUGACUCAGACUUUAACUGGGCAGCUCCUGGUGUAAGCAGCAAUGCUUGUAUUCUUGUCAAGUCAUUUGUUACUCAAGAUACCUUGUCAAGAAAUCACGACUGGUUGGUUUUAAAGGACAUAGUUCCACAGUUCUGACAUUUUGUUCCUUUGCAUCUCAGUAUUUUUGAAUUCAAAGAUCCUAGGAGCAGUUUGCUGUUAAAUCAUGCAUGGGUUUGUAGUUAAUGAAACUCUGAUGUAGCUUUAGAGUUUCAUGAAGAUUGCAGUCAGUGCUGGGUCUGAAUCCUGUCAUUCUGCAUAAUGCACUGGGAGUCGCUCCGAUGUGCAAGAGAGUUGUUUCUUUCUGAGACUCUUCGUCAGUGCUCUGUUGACAUUUACACUCUUGGUCUUGUCCCCAGCCACUGUCAGGUGUCUGUGUGCCUUGGGGCAGCACUUCGAGCAGAUGGGAGGGACAAAUUCAAUAUUCUUGGCUUCAGUGUGAUUUCAGCUACCAAGGCAAGAAUUUUAGUCCUGUCUCUAUACCAGGCCAGUCCUGUCCUUGCCUUUUUUGUGGUUGUGAAAACUGGCUGUGUCCCAUGUACAUGACAAAAUGUUGCUGGUUCUCAUGGUAUAGAAGCAGGUGAGGUGAGUAAAGCUGGAGGUGAUCCAGGUGAGGGAUCCCUGGGAUGUGCCUCAGCUCUGUCCAGGUGUCCUACUGCAUGCUCUGCUGACACACUCUGGAGGCUCAGUGUGGCCAGCACAUCGCAGAGGUGCAGCAGCAGCCCGUGAGGAUCGCAGCCAAAACCUGCGGGCAGAGCCACGCUACCCCAGUCUGCCGCAGCGUGGAGCCAGCUGACAGGGCUCCUGCUGUCCUCUGCGCCCUGCUGGCUUCAGCUGGGGCUUUUGUUCCACUGCAAAAGUAGUACCUGCUCAAACAUACUGUCAGAGAGAUUAGUUUUUACUUAGACUUUAAACCUAAUGAAAACAUUAACAAACAUGGGCUUCUGCAGUGUAAUUUGGACACCUAGCCCUGGAGUGAGGUGCUGUGAGUGGAGCGGCUGGGACACCUGAGCUGUCAGCUUUGCUGUCACUGUUCGGGGCACAGUGAUACCCUGGAAACCCCUCAGAGCUGCUGUGCCCCAGUGAGAGGUGGCAGGUGACUGUCCUGGGGGACAUGUGUGCAGGGGUAAGGGGGCUGCAGACACUCCCAGCAUCCUCCCAGUGAUGAACUGACACUCCCCAGCAUCAGCUCUGAUUUAUUUACUACCUUAUCCAUAGCUACAUUAUUCUGGCUUUGGAGAAAGGACAUCAGAAGAAGAACCAAGAAUUUUGUAUCCUGUGAAUAUUUCAGUACACUACAGGGCAGUAAAUGUUGCACUGAUAUAUAUUUAAAUGCUGAGACAUUUUGAGAAUUACUGUAAAAUCAGUUGUGAGAGCCAUUUGUUUUUCUCUGUUGCACAGACUAGUCACUUUUUUUGCAUGGUUACAUAUUUUAGUACUUGUGCCUUUUACUUCUCUGUUGUGAGGAUACAUUUUAUUUUCACAUUUUAUCAUCUGGUUUUGGACACUUUUUAUAUACACUUCUUUAAUCAUCUGGUUUCUUGCAAUGUACAUGUGUAUAUAUAAAAUAGAUCAGAUUUGUAUUCAUGUGCCUCUGAGAUGUAAAAAAUAUUCAUUUUGUACAGGUUUUUUUAGAAGCACUAGGUCACGGUCUAAAUUACAUAGCAAAUGAAAUUUAACAUAAUUAGCAGUUCUUUGUCUUCUUUUAGGAAUGUUGUGUCAGAUGGUUGGUCUCUUGUAAGGCAAUGUCACACACACUGCGGAUUUAUUGUUUUAGUAUUGUUUUGAGACCAAUUCUAUCCACUUGUUGGCUUAAGUUAAUUCAAAAUAAUAAAACACUUAAUUAAAUGUUACAGUCCUGACUUGGUGAUUAUAGUUUUUAUUUCCAUUAAAGCAAAUUUGCUUCCUUUUAUACUUGAAAUGGGCACCAGACCAAAACCUCAUUUGAACACAUUGCCCAUUUCAGGUUAGCUUCUAUUCUGGGAUUAUUUUUGUGGGAUCAGGCAAGUGAUAUACUAUGACCAUUGAAAUGGAAAAAGAAAUAGCAUUACCAAUUCAUAGACUCUCCCAUGUUAGAGUGCCUAAAAUGCUUUAGUUACUCCUUGUCUUCCCUGCCUGGCUUUUGUGGCAGCGUUUUCUAAGGACAGACCCUGGAUCUGCAUUCCAUCUUGCAGAUGUGAGAGAUUGGGUGUCUUGCCCUUCACAUUUUGACAGAUGCUGAAUAAACCUCUUCCCUUGGGGUUAGUAGCACAGCACUCUGCCAUAACAUUUGUGAAGCUGUGUAGCAGUUACAGAUGUCCACAAAGCAUUUGUGGACAUCUGUAACUGGCAAUGAGGGCCCUGGUCCUAGAAGUGUCCUUCCCUCCCUCCAGCCUCUUCUCGAGCUGGUGGUUUAAUUUCUGGAGUGUUGACCCUGCUCAUCUGACGAGAUCCUCAAAUUGUUCCCUCUCUCACACCUUGUUGUAUAUCAAUACCCCACUCACCAGCCCUCGGACACAGUGAGUAAUAAACUGUGGUAAGUCUCAAGGAAAAAAAUCAUCAAUAUCCCUAAAUCUUUCAAAAAACGAAAUUUUUAUCUAUAAAAGAAUAUGGCCCACUCUCAUAGAGCAGAAAUUUUUGGACUGAAUUUGACACCCAUUUCACAGAAUAUAAAGCUGCCUUAGAAACAAGGAGGUGGUAUUUUUUAUGUCAAAGGCUGCUUGGUAUGAAAAUGAGCAAAGUUCACUUGUUCCAUUAUUACUGAAAAAAAGCAGCCAGCAAAAGUGGCAUAUGACUAUUUUUAAUCUCAUUCUGUAAUUUAUAACAUCAGUGAAGUGAUGUCAGUACUGUUGCAAUGUGCCAUUACACUAUUUUCUCUGUAUUUUCUUGAAAUACUUUUUGGGAACAAUAAAGCUGUCCUUGCUGAUGUGGGUCCUUCAGGUAACUGUAAUGUACAAUCAGAUAUGUAAAUAAAUUAUUUGCUUUCCCUGCAUGACUAAA